AUGAAACGGUUUGAAGGCGACCGCCUGGCAGACAAGGAUGAGGAAACUGAGCCGCUGUCUGAACAAGAGUCUCAGAAUGAGCAAGAUCAAGAAGUCGGCGACAGUGCUUCUGAUGACGAGGAAACGCCCGCCGCUCGGCCGUAUAUGACCCUGUUACAGAGUUUCCACGAUUCCAGUGGUUCCACAGCAAAAAGGCGGAAGCUGGAUCAUAGUAGUCACUCCCAACCAGGAAACAGCUCUAACUAUGAGGACACGAAUGCACCAAGUCAGCAGGAUCGGGAGGAUCUCGAUGACAUCGAUGAAGCCGAAGAUUUCGACAACAAUGACGAUCAGCUUGAGGAGGAGGCGGAUUCCGAAGAUGACGCGGAGCUCAUGGAUCCCUUUGACGUUCAUUUUGCGCAUCCAAAUGACCGGGCAGUCGGGCAGGCCGUCAAAGCAGCCAAGGACAACGACUGGGCUACGACGAGAGCGUUUAUUUCAUCAUUCAGAGCUACCAUGAUGUCUGCUGGAGCCGGUAGCGAAAUCGAAGUCCCUCAUCCCUGCGGUAUUGAAGGGUUGAAGCUCAAGCAGAAAUUACAGGAGAUGGCUUCUAAGAAGAUGGACAUGCUGGACGCGACACAGAAGGCGAUUCUGCCACUGCUCUUUGAAUACAUGGAUAUUUUCCACUGUGAACGAACGGUGAAGAAUGCUACAGCACUACGACAAGUGGUGUGUUUGCAUGCGCUAAAUCAUGUUUUCAAGACGAGGGAUCGCGUGAUCAAGAACAACUAUAAGCUAGCCAAGGAAGGCGAAGACCCGGAACUAGAGCUCCGAGACCAAGGCUUCACCCGGCCCAAGGUCCUCUUUCUGCUUCCUACGAGAAAUUCUUGUGCGAAGAUGAUUGACGUCAUCCGCGACCUCUGCGACCCCGACCAGCAAGAAAACCGCAAGAGGUUCGACGACUCAUAUAUUGAAAAAGAAGUCAAUUUUGGACAAGACAGACCCGAAGAUUUCAGGGCUCUAUUUGAAGGCAACGACGAUGAUAUGUUUCGGCUGGGCGUCAAAUUCACCCGGAAAACAAUCAAGUACUUUUCCCAAUUCUACAAUUCAGAUAUCCUCUUCGCUAGUCCCCUCGGUCUCCGAAUGGCAAUUGGAUCCGAAGAUGAAAAGAAGAAGCCAGACUAUGACUUUCUCAGCUCCAUUGAAAUAGUCAUAGUCGACCAAGCAGAUGCGCUGCUCAUGCAAAACUGGGAACACGUCGAGUACAUCUUUGAGCACCUAAACUUGCAGCCGAAGGAUGCGCACGGGUGCGACUUUAGCCGUCUCCGAAACUGGUAUCUCGAAGACUGGGCGAAGUACUUUAGACAGACCAUUGUCUUGUCCGCUUUCAAUACCCCUGAGCUCACGGAGCUCCAAAGAUCGCAUUGUCACAACUGGGCCGGGAAGAUUGGCCUGCAGCCCGAGUACCACGGCAUGAUCCAGCAGCUCGGGAUCAAAGCAAAGCAGACCUUUUCGCGGUUUCAGUCAUCUUCCGUCGAGAAGGACCCUGACGCGAGAUUCGAAUACUUUGUCUCAGCCAUCGUGCCAACGCUUGCCAAGCGUGUCAAAGAUAUGAGGGGCACGCUGCUGUUCAUUCCCUCCUACCUCGACUUUGUUCGCGUCCGAAACUACUUUGCCAACUCCCCCGCCAUGAGUGACGUCACGUUCGGCGCUGUGUCAGAAUACACUGAUGUCCCUGAUGCGUCUCGAGCCCGCUCGCAUUUCUUGACGGGUCGUCACCGCGUGUUGUUAUACACUGAGCGAGCGCACCACUUCAGGCGGUAUCAGUUCAGUGCUGUGCAGAGGGUGAUUUUCUACGGACUGCCGGAGAAUCCCAUCUUUUAUCGGGAGAUUGCGGGAGAGUAUCUUGGCAGGAGUGAGCGGGAUCUCAGGAUUGAACCCGGGCAGGGAACGGUGCGGGUCAUGUUCUCCAAAUACGACGUGAUGAAGUUGGAAAGAGUUGUAGGAUCAAAGAGAGUCGGGAAGAUGAUUCGGGAGCGUGGCGAUACCUUUGAUUUUGUAUGA